AGGGGUAAGCGACUGUAAUUGAUAACCCUAUUUUCUCCGAUAAUAGGGUUCAAUGGUAAUUCCCAGCUGCACUUGAGUUUUAGACUCUGAUGGAAUGAGUAGCUGAGAGAUGAUAGGCGGUGGCGGACGGCGAGUGAGAAGGUUCGGUAGGUGUAACACUCCCCUACCUCUACUGUCAUCAGUGAAUCAGUACCAUCAUUCUCUGUCGCACACAAUUACUUGUUGGUACUGUGAUUACAAGAUCUCUGCUUUUAAUGACUUCCUCUUUUCAUUUGGUCGUAAAUAUUCAAGAUUCUUGAGAAUUUGGUUCUCCAUGGGGAUUACUUUUAGCGUUGCUGCAUUGCUUGGUGCUACUCUGGUUCUGCUUUGGAAUUCAACCUCUAUAGUACGCCUAUACAAUGGCAAUGUUGACAUUUCAAAUGAUCUAGUAUUCGGCUUCUUCUCUUUGCCGCCGCUUUCUGUGCUAAAAGUUCCUAGUUUGGGCGUGUCACUUAUUGAUGGAGGAUUCAUUAUCUUCUCUACCUUAAUAUCCGUAGCUGUUCAUGAAUUCGGGCAUGCUAUUUCUGCCGCUAGUGAGGGCGUUCAUAUCGAAUAUAUUGCCAUAUUUCUUGCAACGCUCUUUCCUGGGGCUCUGGUCGCUUUCAACUAUGAAAUGCUACAAAGCUUACCUCAAUUAGCUGUUCUUCGCAUCUAUUGUGCUGGAAUUUGGCAUAAUGCAGUGUUUUGUGCAGUUUGUGCACUGGCUUUGCUUCUUCUGCCUUCAGUAUUAUAUCCCUUUUACAUUCAUGGGGAGAACCCUAUGGUUUUGGAUGUGACAUCAAUGUCACCAUUAUCUGGUUAUCUGUCUCCUGGUGAUGUUGUUAUAUCAGUUGAUGGGAUAAAAGUUCACAGCCCCCAAGAUUGGAUGGAUCUUAUAGUUCUGAUGAAUGACUUGGGACUUCAAGGAUCUCAUCUCUAUAAAGAUUCUGCAAAUGUCCAGAAAGCUGAUAGAAGAAAAGGUUAUUGUAUCUCUAGUUCUUGGUUACGAGAUAACGGGAACGCUCAAGUGGUGGAUCAUCAGUCUACAUGUGCUGAUGAUCUCACAUUACUCUCAACUAUUCCUUGCUUUAAUAUGAGCGUGUUAGAGGGUAGAAGCAGCGAGGAUGGUCAAGGAAAAGAGAACAAUGCCUGCUUGAGGGCUAAGGAUAUCGUUGAUCUUAAAAAAUGUGGCAAUGGAUGGUCUGCAACUGAAAAGAACACAAGCAGAUGCGAAUGUUCGCAGGACGAGACGUGCGUGGGACCAGUCCUGUCGCCAGGCCUGACCUGGAUUCAAAUUGCUUACUCACGUCCUUAUUCGGCUGAGUGCUUGUCUGUAUGGAGAAACUUAUCAGCAGAUUUUGUGAGUCUUGAUAGUGGAGAAACAAAUUGUGGUGGGACCUUUGUUUUCAUUGGAGAUGCACUUCCAAUGGCUAAUUCAAUUAAGUUAACUGCAUAUCGGCCUCGCUCAACAUUCAGUUUGGGUCUAUCCCUUCCAAAUAGGCUGGAGAGGAUGAUAACGUGCACAUUCCAUGUAUCUUUUGCACUGGCCCUACUCAACAGUCUUCCGGUUUACUAUCUGGACGGUGAGUCUAUUUUGGAGGUGAUAUUUGGGUACUUCACUAUGCUCAACCCUAGGAGAAGACAGGUUCUGAAAAUAUGCCUAUUGGGAGGGACGCUUUUAUUAGUCCUUGCCAUGACGAAGAUCUUUCUUGUCCAGAUUUUUGUAGCUUGAUAGUUCUCGUGUUUCUGUUAUCCUCCUAAUUACAAGUGAGUUUUUUUUUUUGUUUGAAGCAUAACAAGUGAGGUUUUGAUACCAUCACAAUUGGUUAAAUGGUGCUUGGCUACUUUAAAAAUAAAUGCAAUUCUGGAUGAAAUAGAGCUCGCCAAAUUGUGACAAAAUCAUUAUGAGGUUGGUAAAAUUGGUUGCUCACUCUUCAUUGGUUUAGCUUUGAUUGAUGUGUUGCCUA